AUGGCCGACACGACGCCCAAAAAGUCCAAGCCCGAGCGGCUGGCUCGCGAGCCCGAUGUAGAAGUGUCGCCUAGCACUGUCGUAAAUCCCACAUAUAACCGUGGAGCGGCACUGGCCUGGGACACGCCUGACUUCGGCGACUAUCGCAAAGACUUGUCGUGUCUCGAGUCCAGUGGCACUGUACCGUCCAUCUCACGCCAGCAGGCUCCUGAGUACACGCCUCCGCCGUAUGGUCGUAACAAUCGCCCUUCGCAUCUAGCCUCGAAUCUCUUCAACAACAACUCUUUCUACAACUCAUCCAGCGAUGAUCUUCCACAGAUGUCGCCGGGCUUCAUCCCGCAAAAUGGCAACAACCUCUCGCUCGAGUGGAACGGCGAUGAUCGAAGGCCAUCCGUGGCUAGUACGACGACCAUGUCCUCGACAGGUUCCUCCAAACGCAGCAUUACAGGAAAGUUCCACAAGAAGCUUCAAGGCUUCUUUGGCGAAGACUUUGACCCGAAUGCGCCGCCGCCCAAGGAUCCACCAGAGCAGCAAAACCAGAGAGGUCGCAACCCGUCCAAUGCCACACAAGUCACGCAGACGACUCGUCCUGGUAGUCCAUCGGCAUCGCGUCCUCGUACUCCGAAUACCAGUAGUGAGGUGACACCAUGGGACUUCGAGCCCGCCCCUGCGAAUUUCCAUACGCAGUCGACGCAACCGCCGAGCGCUCCUUCCCAACAGCAACAGCAGCAGACACGUGCCCAGAAAGGUUCCGUGUCAGGUCAUCACCAUCGUCUCCGACUUCCCGGCCAUAAACACAAGACCAGUCUGGAAGACAUUGAUGACGGCGCUUCCGUCAUGAGUGGCCGCCCUGGCACCAUCCGCAAGGAUUCGACUCUGCCUACGAAUUCCAAUGGAGCACGCCCACGCGCCACAAGUCCCUCGCCUAGCAUGAAGAGUAUGAUGAGUGCACAACAAAGCCAGAGCGAAGCCCAUCUCGGCCAACGCUCCCCCGGCCACCCCUCACAAAGCGCCAAACGCUCGUUGUUUGAUCGCGUUACUGGCCGCAAGAAGCACGACAAGACUGCCGAGUCUAGCUUGAAAAAUAUGCCCUCCUCGACCGGCUCACUCUCAAUUACGCAGACACCAACAGCUCCAGCUGGAAAGAAAAAGGGUCCUGUAGGCCCGGACGGCAAGCCAAUGGCCUUGGGUCUCACAAAGAAAGAGCAUACAAGGAUUCCUUUCAAAGGACCCAGACGCGCUGAACCAAGCGCCGAAUUCAACAAAAAGGAUCCAAAUGCCCCGCGACCCGACGCUGUUCGCAAUGCGUCUGCUUUGUGGCACCUUGACACUGAUAUGAGCCAGAUGGAAGGUAUCGUCAACCGCAGCCAACCAAUGACACCACCCGUUACGAGCGAGAUCUUUACUGGUUUCCCUGGCAUAGAACCCAGUAAACCUGCUGAAGAAGAAACUGGAACAUGGGAGGUUCCUGACAGUUGGGCUGUCAAACGGGUCCCCGAUUCAAAUGUCGCUGCUCUACGAGAGGUUGAUGAGGAAGGCCAUGUUCCCAGGGAUGAAGACCCAGGCCCCAUGUACUUUAUGCGCAUUUUCCGAGCGGACAGCACUUUUGCCGUCAUUUCGGCCGGUUUGAACACCACUGCUAGCGAGCUGAUUCAGAUGAUGGCCAAAAAGACUUUCCUGCAGGACGAACUAGACACAUACCAGAUCGUCAUGCGAAAGACUGGCUCGAGCCGGAUACUUGCGGCAGGCGAACGCCCGCUGGCAAUACAAAAGCACAUGUUGGAAAUGGCCGGCUAUAACGACAAGGACAAGCCGGAAGAUUUGGGCCGCGAGGACCACGGAUACUUGGUACGCUUCACAUUCUUGCCUGGAAAGCUUAGCGGCUACUCGAGCUUGGAUCGCGACCCUGGCUUCAACAAGAUGCAGAAGUUCAAUCACAUCGACCUUGCAGGCCGCGAUCUGGUUACUAUUCCAAUCGCCUUGUACCAGAAAGCCACAGAGAUCAUCACCUUGAAUUUGUCCAAAAACUUGUCUCUCGACAUUCCCAAGGAUUUCAUUCAAAGCUGUAGCAACCUUCGAGAGAUCAAGUACACCAGUAACGAAGCCUGGAAGUUGCCCGCGAGCAUCUGCCUGGCAUCAAGACUGACCAUGCUUGAUGUCUCGAACAACAGACUCGAACAGAUGCAACAUGCGGAUUUGCACAAGCUCCACAACCUUGUUAGUCUCAAGCUGUCCAACAACAAGCUCACGAGUCUGCCCGCCUACUUUGGCUGCUACCAAGCUCUUCGAAGCUUGAAUUUGGCCUCUAACAAUCUGGACACGUUCCCCGAUUUCCUUUGCGAGCUCAGAACUGUCGUCGACUUGGACAUCAGUUUCAACGGUAUCUCGGCGCUACCAAAGAUUGGUAAACUUGUCAACCUUGAACGGUUGUUCGCUACCAACAACAAGCUGUCUGGUUCGUUCCCCGAGACGUUCAAGCACCUCGUCAAACUUACUCAGAUUGACAUUCGCUUCAAUGCCCUGGACAACAUCGAUAUUAUGGCACAACUACCACAAUUAGAGCAUCUCUUGGUCGGCCACAACUCUAUCGCCGCAUACGAAGCCUCAUUCUACCGCAUCAAGGUUCUCUCUCUUGACCACAACCCCGUCACCCGUUUUGGCUUGACUUCUCCUGUUCCUACUCUCUCGGUAUUGAACCUUGCAUCUGCUAAGCUCACCCAGCUUCCUGAUGAUUUGUUUGCAAAAAUCUCAAACAUCUCGAAGCUUGUUCUAGACAAGAACCAUUUCACGGCACUUCCCUCUCUGAUCGGUAAACUUACCAAGCUAGAGCAUCUCAGUUUGGCCAAGAACAUGUUGAACAAUCUGCCCUCAGACAUAGGCAGACUUCAAGAUCUGAAAUACCUUGACAUCCGAGAGAACAACCUUAGCAGACUGCCACAAGAAAUCUGGUAUGCUCGGAAGCUAGAAUCACUCAACAUCGCCUCCAACGUGUUGAACGAGUUCCCUAAACCGGGUGCACCUCCUCCAUCUUUGCCACCAUCUCUGCCGUCAGAGGCGGCUACCCCUGUAGUGACUCCUGGCGGUACGAACACUCCAGACUUCGAUGAGCUUGGCAAGCUUGAGGCUUUCCAGCUUAGAAGGCCCAGCCAGGUCGGCCAUGGUAUGUUACCGGGUGGUUCACCAGCUGGUCGUAAAGCCUCAAUUGCGUCCACUUAUGGUGCACAAUCAAGACACCCUUCUCUGGCUCCAAGAUCGUCGACGGAGUCUGGACUUAGCAGUGCUGCUGCUACACCAGGGCCACGCAAGGACUCUACCAUGUCUAACAGGCUUGCUUCUACCUUUUCUCAUACCCUGCGUCAUUUGAUUCUGGCCGACAACCGCCUGUCCGACGAUGUGUUCGACGAGCUUGUCCUCCUCCCCGAGCUUCGCGUCCUCAAUCUCUCAUACAAUGAGCUCUACGACAUUCCACCACGGACCAUCAGAAGGUGGCCACACCUGACAGAGCUUUACCUAUCCGGUAACGACUUGUCUGCGCUUCCAGCAGAAGACUUUGAGGAAGGCUCCGGAUUGAGAGUGCUGCACUUGAACAGCAACAGAUUCAAUGUUCUGCCCGCAGAACUUGGCAAGAUCCAGAAGCUCCAGACUCUUGACGUUGGCAGCAACGCGCUCAAAUACAACGUAUCAAAUUGGCCUUAUGAUUGGAACUGGAACUGGAACCACCAGUUGAGAUACCUCAACAUGUCUGGCAACAAGCGACUCGAGAUCAAGCCCAACGUUAACGUCGUACCGGGACGCGAGACUCGAGACUUGACGGAUUUCUCCACAUUGCAGCAUCUGAGAAUCCUUGGUCUCAUGGAUGUGACCUUGACAAUCCCAUCUGUGCCUGACCAAGGCCCCGAUAGACGUGUGCGUACUGCUGGAUCCAUAAUCGGUACACACAUCCCAUACGGUAUGGCCGACACCCUUGGACGUCAUGAGCAUUUGUCAACGUUGGACAUGGUCAUUCCCAGCUUUGGUGGUGUCGAAGAUCGACUUUUGUUUGGUAUGUUUGACGGUCACAAUCUGAACACUGGAGGUAGCAAAGUCGCCAAAUUCCUUUACGAAAAGUUUAGACAUCACUUUGCAGACGAGCUCGCAAAACUUCAAGAGGGCGACGACUCACCCCUGGACGCACUGAGAAGGGCAUACCUUUCGCUGAAUAAGGAUCUUGCUACAGCAGCCACACAGGCGCUAGAAGCUCGUGCGCACCCAAGUGCUGCACUCCUUCACAGAGGAAGCAUCACCGGUUUGGAGCUAGGCGAAGACGACAUGACUUCUGGAGCUGUGGCUACUAUCAUGUACCUGCAAGGAAUGGAAUUGUACGUGUCAAACGUCGGAGACGCCCAAGCUCUGUUGAUCGAUUCUGAAGGCGGCCAUCGAAUCAUCACUCGCAAGCAUGCACCUGCCGAAGCAGAUGAGCGCAUUCGCAUCAGAGAAGCUGGUGGUUAUGUCUCGCGUCAAGGAAAGCUUAACGACGCCCUUGAGGUUUCGAGAGCGUUCGGUUUCGUUCAGCAUCUGCCUGGUGUAAUUGCCUGCCCCCACACGGCCCGCAUUUCGCUCAAAGAGUCAGAUGAGAUCAUUGUCAUUGCUUCUCGUGAGCUCUGGGACUACCUGACGAUGGACUUUGCCGUGGAUGUUGCUCGCUCAGAACGCGGUGACCUAAUGCGUGCUGCGCAGAAGCUGCGUGAUUUGGCUAUCGCCUUCGGUGCCACUGGUAAAAUCAUGGUUAUGAUGAUUGGCGUGAGCGACUUGCGCAAGAGAGAACGCGCUCGUUUCAGAACUCACAGCAUGAGCAUGGGUCCUAGUGGUGCACCAGAUGAACUCUUGACCAUCUCGAGACGCCCCAAGCGUGGAAGAGACAAUGUCGGAGACUCCAAGCUCGCUCGUCUGGACCAAGAAAUUGACCCCCCUCAGGGAGAAGUCACUCUGGUGUUUACUGAUAUCAAGAACAGCACCAUGCUUUGGGAAUCAUACCCCAUCGCCAUGAGAAGUGCGAUAAAAUUGCACAACGAACUCAUGAGAAGACAUUUGCGUAUCAUUGGUGGUUACGAGGUCAAAACUGAAGGUGAUGCUUUCAUGGUUGCCUUCCAGACUGUUACUAGUGCACUUUUGUGGACCUUCACCAUCCAAAGUCAACUUCUAGAGGUUCCCUGGCCGCAGGAGAUUCUCAACAGCAUUCAUGGACAAGAGGUGCUCGACACUGAUGGCAACCGCAUUUUCCGUGGUCUGUCAGUCCGUAUGGGUAUUCAUUUCGGUCGUCCUGUGUGCGAGCAAGAUCCCGUCACUGGCCGUAUGGACUACUUCGGACCUAUGGUCAACAGAUCUGCGCGUAUCCAGUCCGUGGCCGAUGGUGGUCAGAUUACUGUUUCAUCAGACUUCAUUGCCGAGAUUCAGCGCCUGCUCGAGACACACAUCGAGACUGAUAGAAGUGGCUCUACAGGGUCUGACGAUGCAAUGGGCGAUGAAAUGAUCGGCAAUUCCAUCCGCCGCGAACUGAGAUCACUCAGCAGUCAAGGUUUCGAAGUCAAGGAUCUCGGUCAACGCAACCUGAAGGGGUUGGAAAACCCGGAAUACAUCUACCUCAUGUACCCUCACUCGCUGUCGGCCCGUUUGGUGGUCCAACAGCAGCAGCAAGCACAAGCAGAACAGGUCAAGGCCGCCGCCGCUGCCGCGCCAAACCGCAACGUCGGUAUAGAAUCUGCAGAGGGCGACGCUGCAAAGAAGAGCGCCGACAGCCAGCUCAGCAUCGACACCGACCAUGUAUGGGAUCUUUGGAACGUGUCGUUGCGUCUGGAGAUGUUGUGCAGCAGUUUGGAAACCACAGGACUGACAGCCCUAAAGGCGCCCGAGACGGCACUGCUGGAGCGCAUGAAGCAGCGCGGCGGUGAAAUAACCGAUCGAUUCGUCAUCAACUUUGUCGAGCAUCAGAUCAGUAGAAUCGAGACUUGCGUUACGACUCUGGCGCUCAGACAUAUGAUCCAGCCGUUCAGACCUGGUAUCCUGUCUACCUCGAAGCCUAUGCAUGAGAUUUUAGGCGAGGUCACCGCCGCCAUGCAAGAACUCAAACGACUCAAGGGAGAUGUCGACAUGAAUGACGCUUAA